CAGGAUAUGCCCCGGCGCUGUUUGUUGCUUUAUCAUACGCACUGACCAACAUGUCACGGGCUGGCAGAGAGAGGUGUGUCUGCUGACUGAUUGGUGGAAUGGUGACAAAUCUCGCGAUAGGAUUUUGACAACACAGCAAAAGAGGGAGCUUUUUUUGAAAAAAACAAACCCAAAAAAGACCGACAGUCGAGUACAAUCUGCGGCCGGUGAUUUCAUGGUGCGUGUGUUUUGCGCGGGGGCGAAAGGAAGAUGAGCGAGGAGGAGAAAGCCAGCACGUCGGGGGAGCCGGAGAGGGUCGGGCUCUUUACCCAGAUCUGUCCUGCACCUAAACAAGAAACUCCAAUUACACAGAGCUAUGUCUUACCAUUGCAAACUAAACUGCCUCCAAAGAGCUCUAGUACAGGAAGCGAUAUGGAUUCAGAAUACGAAGAGAAAAUGAAAUUGGACCGAACCAAAAGAUUUGAGUUCCUCUUAAAACAGACCGAGCUGUUUGCUCAUUUCAUCCAGCCAGCUUCUCAGAAAGCUCCUUCAUCUCCACUAAAGUUGAAACUGGGAAGGCCUCGAACAAAACUGGAUGAAAAACAAUCACUGCUUUCAGUCGGAGAUAAUCGUCACCGACGCACUGAACAGGAGGAGGAUGAAGAGUUGCUCUCCGAGAGCAAAAAGACAUCAAAUGUGUGCGUUAGAUUCGAAGAGUCGCCAUCCUAUGUGAAGUCGGGAACCCUCAGAGAUUAUCAAAUACGAGGACUGAAUUGGAUGAUUUCUCUUUAUGAAAAUGGAAUCAAUGGCAUUCUUGCCGACGAAAUGGGUCUUGGCAAAACACUACAGACCAUCGCAUUGCUUGGCUACUUAAAGAACUACAGGAAUUUACCUGGGCCACAUAUGGUGUUGGUGCCAAAGUCCACCUUGCACAAUUGGAUAAAAGAGUUCAAGCGCUGGGUUCCUUCGCUCCGUGCAGUUUGCCUUAUCGGGGAUAAAGACCAACGGGCUGCCUUUAUUCGGGACAUCAUGAUGCCAGGAGAAUGGGACGUCUGUGUUACAUCGUAUGAAAUGGUCAUAAAGGAAAAGUCUGUUUUCAAGAAGUUCAAUUGGAGAUACCUGGUAAUAGACGAAGCUCACAGAAUCAAGAAUGAAAAAUCCAAGCUAUCUGAAAUUGUUCGUGAGUUUAAGUCCACAAAUCGCCUGCUGCUGACAGGAACCCCUUUGCAGAAUAAUCUUCAUGAGCUGUGGGCUUUGCUGAACUUCCUACUGCCUGAUGUGUUUAAUUCUGCUGAUGAUUUUGACUCGUGGUUUGAUACAAACAACUGCCUGGGGGAUCAGCAAAUAGUGGAACGUCUACAUGCUGUGCUCCGACCAUUCUUGCUACGGAGAAUUAAAGCAGAGGUGGAAAAAAGUUUGCCCCCUAAAAAAGAAGUCAAGAUCUACGUUGGUUUGAGUAAAAUGCAGAGGGAAUGGUACACAAGAAUUUUAAUGAAGGAUAUAGACAUUCUAAACUCUGCCGGUAAAAUGGACAAAAUGCGGCUGCUGAAUAUCUUGAUGCAGCUGCGGAAGUGUUGCAACCACCCGUACCUCUUCGAUGGUGCUGAACCCGGGCCUCCUUACACCACAGAUACUCAUCUGGUCUUCAACUGCGGCAAGAUGGUUGUUCUGGAUAAGCUGCUGCCCAAAUUGAGGGAGCAAAGUUCCCGAGUCCUCAUUUUCAGUCAGAUGACGCGCUUGAUGGAUAUACUUGAAGAUUACUGUAUGUGGCGUGGCUAUGAUUACUGUCGUCUUGAUGGGCAAACUCAGCAUGAAGAAAGAGAGCGAGCAAUAGAUACCUUCAAUGCUGUCAACAGUAACAAGUUCAUCUUCAUGCUGAGCACCAGAGCUGGUGGUCUGGGCAUCAACCUUGCAACAGCAGAUGUCGUCAUUUUGUACGAUUCAGAUUGGAAUCCGCAGGUGGACUUGCAAGCUAUGGAUCGUGCUCAUCGUAUUGGGCAGAAGAAGACUGUCCGGGUAUUCCGGCUCCUGACAGAUAACACAGUGGAAGAACGGAUUGUGGAAAGGGCUGAGAUGAAGUUGCGACUUGACUCUAUCGUUAUUCAGCAAGGGAGGUUAAUUGAUCAACAGGCCAACAAACUGGGCAAGGAUGAAAUGCUGCAAAUGAUUCGGCACGGCGCCACCCAUGUGUUUGCCACCAAAGACAGUGAGCUCACCGACGAGGACAUUGACACCAUCCUGGAGAGAGGAGAAAAGAAGACAGCUGAACUGAAAGAACGCUUGCAAAAUCUUGGUGAGAAUUCUCUGCGAUCAUUUACAAUGGAAACAGAAAGUUUAUAUAGUUUUGAAGGAGAAGAUUAUAGAGGAAAACAGAAGAUUGGUUUGACGGAGUGGAUCGAACCGCCCAAACGAGAACGGAAAGCCAAUUAUGCAGUGGAUGCUUAUUUCCGGGAGGCACUACGUGUCAGCGAGCCCAGAGCCCCAAAGGCACCUCGACCUCCAAAACAGCCAAGUAUUCAAGACUUUCAGUUUUUUCCUCCGCGCCUGUUUGAACUACUGGAGAAAGAAAUCCUUUCGUACAGAAAAAGCAUAGGCUACAAGGUGCCGAGGAAUCCUGACUUGCAUAAUGCAGCACAGGUACAGAAAGAGGAACAGCGAAAGAUCGACGAUGCACUGCCCUUGAACCAGAAGGAAACUGAAGAAAAAGAAAAGCUCCUAAUGCAGGGCUUCACAACUUGGAACAAACGGGACUUUAACCAGUUCAUCAAAGCCAACGAGAAAUACGGUCGGGAUGACAUUGAUAACAUUGCACGCGAGGUCGAGGGAAAGACUCCUGAAGAAGUCAUUGAGUACUCGGCUGUUUUCUGGGAACGUUGCAAUGAAUUGCAGGACAUCGAGAAGAUCAUGGCCCAGAUUGAACGUGGGGAGUCAAGGAUUCAACGACGGAUUAGUAUAAAGAAGGCUCUGGACGCAAAGAUGGCCAGGUAUAAAGCCCCAUUCCAUCAACUUCGUAUUCAGUAUGGAACCAACAAAGGGAAGAAUUACACAGAGGAGGAGGACCGCUUCCUCAUCUGCAUGCUGCACAAAAUGGGCUUCGAUAAAGAAAACGUGUACGAGGAGCUACGGCAGUGCGUGCGUAAUGCGCCGCAGUUUCGGUUCGACUGGUUUAUCAAGUCCAGAACUGCGAUGGAACUCCAGAGACGAUGCAAUACAUUGAUAUCACUGAUCGAGAAGGAAAACUCGGAACUUGAAGAAAAGGAACGUGCUGAAAAGAAGCGGCGAGGACCAAAAAUGGGAACGACACAGAAAAGAAAAGCAGAACCAACUCCAGAAACCUCUGGACGAAAGGAAUGGAAGAAAGUGAAGAACUAAAUCACCUUGUUGGAGUGAAGACUGCAUCCUAGUUAACACUAUUUCUUUUCAUUGCUUUUCUCACCUGUAUAUUCAUUAGAAAAAUUGAUGUUGCAGUUUCAAAAAUGUCAAAGAAUUUUGAAUACAUUCUCAAAGUAGAUAAUAGGACUCCUUUUGGAUUUCUUUUGUGUGAUGCUGUUAAUGCUUAACUUUUUUACCUUCAUUCUUGGUUCAUUCCAAUAUUGUGUAGUCCGUACAGUGAUCUACGUGUGUUAAAUUGUUUGCAUGCGUUUUAAUAUAUUGGCUGUUUAAGAUAAAACCUAACAAUCCCGUGUUUUGUACAUGAGUGAGAAUUGUCGUAAAUUGGAAUUCUGAAUACUCUGCGAUGUGUGUGUCAGGAUCUGUGAGUUAGUUUUCCAAAACAAGCAUCAUUUUUAAUAAAAAAUUAAAUCAA